AUGUUUUCUAUCCGUCCAGCGAUCUGUAGGGCAUGCAGAAGGACUCAGCUCCGCCCCUUACGAGGUCUUGCAACCGCCAACGGCCCAAUUCAGCAGCCGCCCCGCGACAACUACGUCAAGCUUGUUGAGGUCGGCCCUCGAGAUGGUCUGCAAAACGAAAAGAAGGCGAUACCCCUCGCCACCAAAAUUGAACUGAUUGAGAAGCUUGCGAGAACUGGAGUUUCAACGAUUGAAGGCGGAUCUUUUGUCUCUCCCAAAUGGGUCCCCCAGAUGGCCAACUCGAACGAUAUCCUAGAGCACAUUCUCACACGAAAGGUUUCUUCGCCUUCACAAAUAUCAUACUCCUUCCUCGCCCCCAACACCAAGGGGUUGCAAAACGCUCAGGCUCUGCUGGCAAAGUACCCGGGCGCCUUCGCAUCGCAGCUCCAGCCAUCGUCCGAUGCGUCGACACCCGCAGUUGAAGUCGCUGUGUUCGCAGCUGCUACCGAGUCUUUUUCCAAAAAGAACCUGAACUGCGACAUUGCGACAUCUUUGGACCGCUUCCGUGAGGUUAUUCGUGAAGCGAAAGCAGCUGGUCUCCGCGUUCGCGCAUACGUUUCUGUCGUCCUUGGCUGCCCCUUUGAGGGCUACGAUGUCGACCCUCACAAAGUGGCCGAGAUCGCAACGGACUUGCUCGAGUCUGGCGCUGACGAGAUCUCUUUGGGCGAUACUACCGGUAUGGGCACUGCGCCGCGGACCAAGGAACUGCUGAACUGCAUGCGGGCAGCGGGCAUCAGGAACGAGGACAUUGCGAUGCACUUUCACGACACAUAUGGUCAAGCACUAGUCAACACCGCCGUGUCGCUUGAACAUGGCAUUCGCACGUUCGAUAGCAGUGUCGGUGGACUUGGAGGGUGCCCUUACAGUCCUGGUGCUACUGGAAAUGUGGCUACGGAAAAUAUGAUAUACUUCAUUGAAAGUUUGGGUAUGGAUACUGGUAUCGAUCUGGAUGCUAUGGCAGACAUCGGUGCCUGGAUCACCGGGGAGUUGGGUAAGAGUAACGACAGCACUGUUGGCAAGGCCGUUUUGGGGGCCAGAGCUCGUGAGGCGACAGCAGCGUAG